AUGGACAAGGACGAAGAGAUGGAUGAAUUCAAUGAUAAUGAAGAAGGACCUGUUGUUUUUGAAUCCAAAGGGGCUGAUAGUGUAUCGAAUGAUGGAGAAAGUGGGGACGGUGAUGAAGAUGAUGAAGAUAGUGGACAUGAUAAAAAGAGAAUAGAUAAUGGUAUAGGCAAGUUAUUUGAAAUACCUGAAUUCACAAGAAAAGAUAAGGCUUUGGAAGAGAUAUUAGAGUUGAUGGAUAGCAAUGCUCCGAUCAUUCCUGAUGCCGUCACUGAAUACUACUUAAGAAAGAAUGGGUUUGACUGUACAGAUCUUCGAGUGAAACGAUUAUUGGCUCUUGCCACACAGAAAUUCAUAAGUGAUAUUGCAAAUGAUGCCUAUGAGUAUUCUAGAAUUAGAUCAAGUGUUGCGGUAAGUAACGCUAAUAAUGCACAGGCAAGGGCUCGACACUUGAUGCAAGGUCAACAACAACCAGGUCAACAACAAAUAACGCAACAGCAACAACAACAGAAUGAAAAAACGACAGCUAGUAAAGUUGUGUUGACAGUUGACGAUCUAAGUAGUGCAGUACAAGAAUACGGUUUGAACAUAGGACGUCCAGAUUUCUACCAUUAG